AUUUCUGUUUCGAGCGACGCCAAACCAUUUAAAUGGAAGAGGAGGUUACAACGAAGAUGGCACUCCGGGGACCCAUAGAUGACAAUGCGUUGGAGCCAAUACUCAAUCCGGUAGCCGACGAGGCCGGGGAAGGUUCGCACGACCGAAUCGAGAACGGAACGCCCGUCCCUACCGUGGAUAUUUCAGACACUGAUUCCUCGGACCUGCCAAAGUCCGACACAUCACACGGUACUCCUGUGGAUGUAAAGGGAAUGCCCGACGAACAAGAACAAUUUAUGAACGAAGGUCCGUUGCAGACUCAGCCACGUUGGCAAUGUAUUCUCAACAAGAGAGCCUUGCCAGACGAUCGUUUUACCGCAUUUGGUUACGAUAUAGUGGACGGGCCCGCCGUCGUCAAGUUUAUCAAGUUUUUGACCGUUACCUAUCUCUGCUUCUUUAUCGCCUUCGCAUUUGUUCGAUGGGUUGACUGGGAGAACGAUGAAUACUACACCAUGGAGCAGUUCUGGAAGUUUGACAGCAGCUUUGUUGUCACCGAUGCCCUUUUCUUCUUCGUCGUUGGCAGACUAAACAAACAGAACGGGGUGGAUCAUUUGGCAUGGAUUCUACCCAUUCUUGUCGCCACGCUGUAUUCCAGUGGUGUUACGAGGCUCGACUUUAUGCAGCACUCCGUUUCGCUUUACGAAAUGCGCUGUCGGUGGCCACCCGGUCUCUGGAUCUUUGCCAUUAUUGUGACUGUUUUUGUGGUAGCCUUGGUCUAUGCACACAUCCGGUACAUUGCUCAGCAACGCAAGCUAUUCGAAAAGGGUUUCGAAAUUUCUUUUUGUACAGCUUUCUUUCUAGUUCCCAGCAUAGCGAGUCCUUUUUUCCAUUUUCACCAUUGGUUCGCUGGUUGGUUUGGAGGGAUGCAUUUCAAUCUCAACGUAUGGUGGAGUCGAGUGACAAUGGCAUUUCUAUGGGGAUUUUACAUCAACGGUAUCGCUGUCUACGGCCGCGACCCCAUUCUGGGCUGCGAGUACUCUCUCUACGUGAGCCUUUACCAACGCUGUUCUUUUAUGCGCUGCUACGUUCAAGGCAUUAUCGACGGAGCGGGCAACGCUACUCACCCCAGCAAUUACACCGGUAUUGUGACUCCCUUUGUGCCCCUCGAUUGGCGCACGUGUUCAACCGACUGAAUGUGGGCGACUCGCAAGAGGAAGCACGUCGUAGAUUUUCGCCUGUACAAGUACAUGCGGUGGAUACAUAAUUGCUCUAGAACUCUUGUUGUUGCAGUU